AUGUUUCAUCUGGAAUCUGAUGAGAUUUCCGUUGAUAGCUUUGUCCCUUCCAAGAAAAAUACACCACCAGGUACAGGCUGCUUCUUCAAAGAUGGGCAGAGAAAAACAGAUUUUGUGCUGGUUUAUGUAGAAAAAAAGGGACGGGUGCAGUCUUCCAUGAGUCAAUUUAAUGCCUACAGAAAGAAAUUUAUUACAAACUUAAUUAAAGCUGGACUUGAAAAAGAGGAGGAAGUGGUUGAAAAGGAAAAUAAUCUUCACUAUAUUAAAUUACAUGCACCAUGGGAUGUGUUAUGCUAUUAUGCGGAGGAUUUAUCUUUUCGAGCACCUCUGCAGGUCCAACCUAGUCAAAAUGUUAACUGGUCUGCUGAGGUGCUCCAAACAUUGAAAAUUCCAAACAUCAUGGAACAAAAUGUACCAAAUCAACCAAAGUCUUAUUACACUUGUGCAUUUAAAGUUAGUAAAAUAGACAGGUUUUUGGGUAACCAGGACAGACAAAACUACUUCACCAACAACCAAAGAAGCCGUGUUAUUUGGGAGAUCCUAAAUGCAACUGUUUAUGGCAAGAAGAAGAAAGCAGAGAUAGGCAUUGCACGACUUCUUGAGGAAGAAAUCUUCAUUGGAGCCUAUCCGCUGCAUGAUGGACCAUUUGAAAUACCUAAAAAUUCCCUGACACAUAUGCGGCUUAAUCCUCGGCAAAUACUUUGUAAAUAUUGGGCUCGAUGGGGCUGUUGGCACAAGUAUCAACCAUUGGACCAUAUUAGAGAAUAUUUUGGUGAAAAAAUAGCCAUCUAUUUUGCCUGGCUAGGAUUUUAUACUGCCUGGUUGCACCCAGCUGCUGUGGUUGGAGUGUUGGUCUUCUUAUUUGGAGUCUUUUCUAUGUCUAAUAAUAUGCCCGCGAAAGAGGUUUGCUCAAGUGGAAAAGAGUUCAAAAUGUGUCCAUUGUGUGAUGAAAACAUUGGUUGUCAGUACUGGUACCUCUCUGAUGUUUGCAUGUACGUUAAAAUAUCUUACCUCUUUGAUCAUCCUGGAACGGUAUUCUAUGCUGUCUUUGUGUCCUUCUGGGCUGUAACGUUUUUGGAGUACUGGAAGCGGAAAAAUGCAAGGUUGGCACAUCACUGGGAUGUUUUGGGAUUUGAAGAGGAACAGGAGCGUCCAAGGCCUGAAUAUGCAGCAAAAGCCAAAAUGAUGGAGAAGAAUCCUAUAACUGGCAUCAAAGAACCCUACUUUCCCCCCAAAGAACGGUUACCAAGGAUUCUGUCAGGCAUGGCCAUUAUCAUAAUAAUGAUUGUCCUUGUUUUGAUCUUCAUCAUGGCUGUCAUCAUAUACCGAGCAUUAAUCAGUAUCCCAUUGUUCCAAAACAAGAAUCUGAGGUCAAACGCUGCUUUGAUUGCUAGCAUUUCAGCAGCAAUGGUCAACCUGAUGUUUAUCAUGGCUCUUGGCAAAAUCUAUGAAAAGUUAGCUCUAAAACUCACUCAAUGGGAAAUGCAUCGGACUCAAACAGAAUUUGAAGAUCAGCUCAUUUUUAAAGUGUUCCUCUUUCAGUUUGUCAACUUUUAUUCAUCCAUUUUCUACAUUGCUUUUUUCAAAGGCAGGUUUGUUGGCUACCCAGGAAAUUACAAAAAAUUCUUUGGACUAAGAAAUGAAGAGUGUAGUAAUGGGGGAUGCCUGAUGGAACUUGCUCAACAGCUCAGUGUCAUUAUGAUUGGAAAACAAAUUAUUAACAACAUUCAGGAAGUUGUAGUUCCCAAAUUGAAAACAUACUGGCAUCAAUUUCAAGUAAAAAUGGGCGAUGAUUUCAAAUCCCAGUGUGAUAAUGAUUUCUCUUUAAUCCAACACGAAGGCUUAUUUCAAGAAUAUCUGGAAAUGGUUUUACAAUUUGGAUUCAUAACAAUUUUUGUGGCUGCUUUUCCAUUGGCUCCACUAUUUGCCUUGAUCAAUAACUGGGUUGAAAUACGACUUGAUGCUCAAAAGUUUGUAAAGGAGACUCGACGUCCAGUAGCUGAGAGAGCUGAAGACAUCGGCGUAUGGUUCAAAAUCCUGGAAUCUUUAUCUUGUUUGGCUGUAAUAAGUAAUGCAUUUUUGAUUGCAUUUACAUCAGAAUUUCUUCCUAGAAUGCUGUACCAAUAUAAAUAUGAAUGGAACUUAAAAGGAUACACAAACUUUACUUUGGCAUAUGCACCAAAUGGGACGCUCUCUCAAGAAUGCAGAUAUUUGGCAUUUCGGGAUCGAGAAGGGAAUUAUACAAAAUUCUUCUGGCAAUUGUUAGUUGUCAGACUUUCAUUUGUCAUCAUCUUUGAGCAUGUUGUAUUCAGUACAUGUCACCUGAUCGAUUUUGCUGUCCCUGAUGUUCCUGAAAGUCUUGAAUUAAAGAUCAAAAGAGAACGCUACUUGGCUAAACAGGCUUUGGCAGAUACAGAAGGACUCAUCACGAUGGUCAAUGACGAGGACAUUGAACCAGGAAAUCUGGAUGCCGUCAAUAACCAAAAAACAACCCACUAA